AUAAUAUGUUCUUGAUUCAAAGGCUAAAACCACCGCUCUCCUUUCCCUCCAGCUCACAUCCAGCAAUUUCCGGAUCACCUCAAAACAUUUUUUUUUUUUUUUUUUCUUUUCCAAUUUUCCCCCAAAUAUUUAAACUUUUAGGACAAGAAUCAGUGCUGUUUCUUACCUUCUCUUCCAUUUCAAUCUCAUUCAAUUUUCACAUUUUCUUUUUUGUCAAUUAUUAAAAUAAAAAAAAAAAAAAUGAGUGCCGGAGAGCUUCUCGAUGUUGAGCCACUGGAAAUGAAAUUCCCAUUUGAGUUGAAGAAGCUGAUCUCUUGUUCUCUGCAAGUUUCGAAUAAGACCCAAAAUUAUGUCGCUUUUAAGGUUAAAACGACGAAUCCGAAGAAAUAUUGUGUUAGGCCGAACACUGGCAUUGUGUUGCCGCAUUCAACCUGCGAUAUUAUUGUGACAAUGCAAGCACAGAAGGAGGCUCCUGCAGAUAUGCAAUGCAAAGACAAGUUCUUGCUGCAGAGUGUAAUUACGACCCCCGGAUUAACUGCCAAAGACAUCACUGCAGAAAUGUUUAACAAGGAGCAAGGGCAGGUUGAAGAAUGCAAGUUGAAAGUGCUAUACGUUGCGCCACGUCAGCCUCCUUCUCCAGUUGCCGAAGGAUCCGAAGAAGGUUUUUCCCCAAGGGCCAGUGGACUGGAAAAUGGCUCAGAGGUUACUAGAAUGUUCGUUGAUAGCCACGACAAAUUACCAGAGGUCAAAUCUCUCGUUUCGAAGUUGACUGAGGAAAAAGCUGCUGCAAUUCAACGGGGUACCAAACUUCGUCAAGAACUGGAACAAUUGAAGCGCGAAAAGAACAAAAGUGGAGGAGUAUCGAUCACUUCCGUUCUCGUUAUUGGCCUUCUUGGUAUAAUUUUCGGGUACUUCAUGAAAAGGACAUAACCGUCUUUCUACUAGAAUCUUCUUUCUUUCAUUUUAUUUUUAUUUUUAUUUCCUACUUAUUUUAUGUCUCUCUUUAUAUGUACCUAUGAAGAAUAUAGGAACAAAAGAGAAAUUCUUGAGGGGCAUGCUUUGCUCUAUGUUAGAUUUGUGGUAGCUAUUGCUUUGUGUUUUGAAAGUAGCUUUUGAUUUUUCUUUUUAGAUAUUGUUUUGUGUUUAGCCUCAUGUCACAUUGAUUUAUUGACAAUUCUUUUGUAACUUGGAUAAAACAUUUCCGUUUCAAUGGAAUAUAUUUAUGGUAUUUUUACGGAUAAUU